AUUAGGGCUCCUUUCCAUCUCUCCCCUCCCUCACAAAUCUCAGAGCACAUCUUCAAUGGCGGUUUUCAAACCCUAGAAAGAUCUUUGGAAACUGGAACGGCGGAAUUUAGUUCGGAAAGACAAGCGUGAAAUCAAAGGAUUGUGUUUGGAAGUCAAUUUAAUCCAAUAAAGGGGCUUAUUUCGAUCUGUUUUGAUCGAUCAAUGGAGCCGCCCCAGGUGCCCAGACCAAGAGGUAGGCCGAGGAAACGGAGACCAGAGGACGAAGGAAUAGAUGGAAAAUCAAAUUCUCGAAACAAAAGGUUUGCGGCGGAGACAAGAUCUAUUGCAUUCGUGGGUAGACAUGUGUUGAAGGAGUUCCAGGGUAGUGGGGUCUUUUUAGGGAAGAUUGUUUCUUAUGAUUCCGGAUUGUAUAGAGUUGAAUAUGAAGAUGGUGACUGUGAAGAUUUAGAGAGCAAUGAGCUUCGUGAGUUAAUUUUGGAAGAUGCGUAUUUUGAUGAUGAGUUGAUCCAAAGAAGGGGAAAAUUGGAUCAACUACUUUUGGAAAGGAGUUUAAAGAAGAUGAAUGAGGGUGGUGUUCAAAAUAAAGUGGAGGAUUCAAAAAAUGAGGUAGAUGGGGUUUCAAUUUCUACACUUAAUGACUUGAGUGGUGCAUUGACAGUUGAGAAUAAUGAGGAGCAAGUUGAAGAAGAUGGAGGUUCUUCAGGUGAUUCAUGUGAAGAUGUGUAUGGCAAGGACACUAGUUCAGAGGAUGAGGCUCCUCGUCUACCACUUCCGGAGUUGCCACCCUCUUCCGGAACCAUAGGUGUACCAGAGGAGUAUGUUUCACAUUUAUUUGCUGUUUAUGGUUUUUUAAGGUCAUUUAGUAUUCAAUUGUUUCUCAGCCCAUUUGGAUUGGAUGAUUUUGUGGGGGCACUGAAUUUUUCUGCUCCAAACACUUUGUUUGAUGCUGUGCAUUUUGCUUUGCUGCGAGUAUUGCGACAUCAUCUUGAAGCACUCUCUUCUGAAGGCUCAGAGCAGGCAUCAAAAUGCUUGAGGAGCCUUGACUGGAGCUUGCUUGAUGCACUGACUUGGCCUGUUUAUUUGGUCCAGUAUAUUACAGUAAUGGGGUACAUUAAGGGACCUGAGUGGCAAGGAUUUUGUAAAGAUGUCUCAAAGGGGGAAUACUACUCCAUACCUGUUUGUAGAAAGUUAAUGAAUCUGCAAUUCCUAUGUGAUGAUGUCUUAGAAUCUGUGGAAUUAAGAGCUGAAAUUGAUAUGCGUGAGGAGUCAGAAGUGGGAAUGGAUCCUGAUGCAGUUCCAAUGAUUAAUUCUGAAAAUGGACCAAGAAGAGUUCAUCCAAGAUUUUCUAAAACUUCAGCUUGCAAGGAAAAAGAGGCGAUGGAAAUAAUUUCUGGAAACCAUGAGUUGAAGUCAUCUUUACAAUCAAAAUAUUUUGCUUUUAAAGGCACCGAAGUGAGCACUGAUGGUGUUGAUGCCAAUAUGGAUACAAACAGUGAUGAAUGUCGCCUUUGUGGUAUGGAUGGGACACUGCUUUGCUGCGAUGGAUGCCCAUCAGCAUAUCAUUCAAGAUGCAUAGGUGUCAUGAAAAUGCAUAUACCAGAUGGGUCAUGGUACUGUCCUGAAUGCACAAUUGAUAAGAUUGGACCAACUAUUGCAGUGGGAACAUCACUUAGAGGAGCUGAACUUUUUGGCAUUGAUUUGCUUGGCCAUGUCUUCUUAGGUACUUGCAAUCACUUGCUGGUACUCAAGGCCUCUGUGAACUUGGAUUCAUAUCUGAGAUAUUACAACCUAAAUGACAUUCUGAAAGUCCUUAAAGUUCUUUCAUCUUUCAUUCACUAUUGGAAAUCAUACUUUGGCAUCUGCAAGGCAAUUAUGAAGUACUGGAACCUCCCAGAUAGUAUCUGCUCGCUUAUGGAAACAAAUGAAAUGGGUACCAAUACGCAAAGUGUAAAGAAAGAUGCAAAACCUGCUGCUCUAUCUCCUCAGGCUUGUGGCAAUGGAAGUUACAAAGUUCCAGAUACGGUUGAUGCAAUGAACACAAGUAGUUUCAAUGUAAGCAACAUAGACAAUGUGGGAGUUUCAUAUGUACAGACCUCAACAGAUUUGAUGAAUCAAACUGACCUUCCUGAUAUCAGGCUAUCUGAGCACAGUAAUGUUGAGUCUGCUGGUUCUAUUAGACAGCAAGUGGAUACAUAUGAUGUAACUCCUCACAGCUUGGUUGACAGAUCAACCGUGAUGGACCUUACAACAUACACUUCGGAAAACAUCAAUGGCAGUCACCUUGGACUUAUAAAUGGUGUGUAUUUAGGAGGAUAUGAAUUGCACCCAAGCAAAGCAGAAAAACUGGCAGUUUUUGAAAGUGACAUGAAAAAUUCAGUUACUGACUCUGCAUAUAUGGGGCUAUCCUACAAACCCCAGACUUAUGUGAAUCACUAUAUUCAUGGAGAAGUUGCUGCAGUUGCUGCUGCUAAGCUGGCUGUUCUUUCAUCAGAGGAAAGCCAGCUUGCUGGGGUUAACAAAUCAGGCAGUAACCGAAAAGUUACAACAAGUGACAUCUCCCUACAAGCGAAAGCAUUCUCAUCGAUAGCCUCACGUUUUUUCUGGCCAAGUGUUGAAAAGAAGCCUGUGGAAACUCUGAGAGAAAGGUGUGGUUGGUGUCUUUCUUGCAAGUCAGGUAAGAGGGGUUGCAUGUUAAACUCUGCUGUCUCAAGUGCUACCAAAAGUGCCAAGGAUAUCCUUAAUGGUCUUCCUCCCAUUAAAAAUAAAGAUGGGAGCCUUCCUAGCAUUGCAACAUAUGUUUUAUACAUGGAAGAGAGUUUACGUGGUCUUGUGGCUGGCCCGUUCUUAGAUUUAAAUUAUAGACAACAAUGGUGUAAAAAAGUGGAAGAUGCAUCGUGUAGUGCAAUGAAAGUCUGCUUGCUUGAACUUGAGAAAAACAUCUCGGUCAUUGCUCUCUCUUCAGACUGGGUUAAGCUAAUGGAUGAUUGGAUGGUUGAAUCUUCCAUGAUUGAAAGUACUUCAUCCACUUUAGGUUUAACACAGAAACGUGGAGCAGGUAGGCGAUCUAAGAAACAGUCUGGUGCGUGUGAAAUUACCACUGAUGACUUGGAUGAUAAAAUUAUUACCUGGUGGCGAGGUGGGAGGUUAUCAAAUCAUAUAUUCCGGAAAGCAAUUUUACCAUGCUCAAUGGUUAAAAAAGCAGCAAGGCAAGGUGGUGUCACAAAGAUUCCUGGUAUUAGUUACGUUGAUGGGUCUGAGAUUCCUAAAAGAAACAGACAGUUAUUUUGGAGAGCAGCAGUUGAAAGGAGUAAGAAUUUGUCACAGCUUGCACUUCAGGUUAGAUACCUAGACCUUCAUGUGAGAUGGAAUGAUCUUGCUCGCCCUGAGCUGAAUCUCCAGGAUGGAAAAGGUGUAGAGACAGAAGCAUCUGUUUUUAGAAAUGCAACUGCUUGUGAUAAAAAAAUUAUGGAAAACAAGAUCAUAUAUGGAAUUGCUUUUGGCAAUCAAAAGCAUCUUCCAUCACGUGUCAUGAAGAAUGUAAUUAACAUUGAGCAAACUGGUAAUGGAAGAGACAAGUAUUGGUUUCAUGAAACACGGAUUCCUUUAUAUUUAAUCAAAGAGUAUGAAGAAAAAGUGGGUAAAGCUCUUUUGACAUCAGUGAAGAAGCCCUCCCGAGAGCUAUCUGAGUUGCAAAAGAGGCAGCUGAAGGCUUCUCGUAGGAAUAUAUUUGUAUAUCUUGCAUUGAAGAGAGACAAGUUGGAGAACUGCUCUUGUGCUUCAUGUCAGUUGAAUGUUUUACUGAGGAAUGCAGUCACAUGCAAUACAUGCCAAGGUUAUUGUCACAAGGACUGUACUUCAAGUUCAAUUCAAAUGAAUGGAAAAGUUGAGCACUUCGUCAUUUGCAAGCUGUGUUGCCAUGCCAAUGGCCUUGCACAAAAUGAUGUCAGUAACAAGUUUCCAACUACUCCCUUGUUCUUGCAUGGAAGAGAAUGCCAUAAUACACCUACAGUGACCAAAAGCACACAUGUUAAAGGUUCUAGCCAACCGCUAAAACCACACAUCUCUCUCAGAAGCAGAGAUAGUUCCAUGAGAACCAAGGAAAAUUGUUCUGAGGAUAAGCUUGCUACUUCCAGUUCUAGCUUGACAGUGAAACCCCGCAGUAAGUUGUGUCAUUGGGGAAUUAUAUGGAAGAAAAGAAACAGCAAUGAGACUGGCAUUGACUUCAGGCGUGCAAAUCUUCUCCCAAGGGGUGGUUUGGAUAAACAUUUUUUGAAGCCUGUCUGUCAAAUUUGUGAACAACCCUAUAAUUCUGCCUUGAUGUAUAUUCACUGUGAAACUUGCAAAAAGUGGUACCAUGCUGAUGCGGUUGAACUGGAGGAAUCAAGAAUUACUGAUGUUGUUGGAUUCAAAUGUUGCAAGUGUCGUAGGAUAAGGGGACCUGGAUGUCCUUACAUGGAUCCAGAACUUAGGGAUCAAAAACGCAGAAAGCCGUUUACAAAGGCACGGAAACAAUGGCAAGAAACUGAAGAUCUUGACUCUGAUUGUGGAACUACUGAAGCUAAAGAGUUUAAACACAGCAUUCCAUUGAUUUCUACUGGGGAUAACCUCAUACCAGACGAUGAUCCUCUUCUUUUCUCUCUUUCAAAAGUUGAGCUAAUAAAAGAGAGCACAUCAGAUGCAGAUAUUGAAUGGAACAGUGCUUCCGGUAUUGGACCGCAGAAGCUACCGGUCCGUAGACAGGUGAAGCGGGAAGAGGAUGAGGAUGGUUUUUCUGGAGCUAAUCAUUUUCAUUCUGAAUUGUCAAUAAGUCACGAAUCAAACAACCACAUGAAACCCAAUGAGGAGCCAUCACUUCCUUUUGCCCAAUGGGAUGUCUCCGGUAAUAACCCCGAAAGUGACCUGCUGUUUGACUGUGAUACUCUAAACUACGAAGAUAUGGAGUUUGAACCCCAAACCUACUUCUCUUUUAAUGAGCUGCUACCAUCAGAUGAUGGUGACCAGGUUGAUGGUUCCGAUCCUGGAGAUGUUUCGGGAAAUUGGGAAAAUCCACUUAAUUCAGUUCUCCAGGAUGGAGCUAGUGAAAGGUGUCCAGUAGGCACUUCUAGUAAUCUAGUGGAACCCACGACCCCCGGGAAAUCAAAUGCUAACAUGCUGCAAUGUCGGCUUUGUCAUCGUGAAGAACCAGCUCCUGAACUCCUCUGCAUGAUUUGUGGGUUUUUGAUACACAGUCAUUGUUCUCCUUGGGAUGAGUCAGCGCUGCCUUCAGAUGGCAGCUGGAGUUGUGGCCGUUGCCGAGCAUGGUGUUAGCUUUCUAGAUGCAUCAAAAGUUUUGGUUUUUCCCUCGUUGCAUCUGGUUCUCUGAUCCUUAGGGGGGAAGUUGUGCUUUCAUUGGACCUCAUAUUGCAGUUUUACAAUCUGAGGAAUCCAUCAUUCUGGCUGUUUUUGUUGGUAAUUGGUCAAUGCGUUUGAAGAGGAGGUUGCUCCAUAGAAAGAUGGGUAGGUUUGUUUUACAGUCAAAUAUUUAGAAAGAUCUCAAGAAGAUAAGCAAGUUUUUUGUUUUGCUUAUCUGAUCGCCUUUCUUUUUGUUUUGUAUAAAUCAAGACGGACCAG